GAGAGAGGCGUGUAACAUAAAACUACCGUGAACUGAUUCACACUUCUACUCAGAUAACAACUCAGCCGACAACUGAAAACAGAGAAUUAAAGAGAGAGAGAGAAAGAGAAAUAGGAAGAGAGGUAGAGAAAGAACUCUUGUUCGGGAAACGUUUUCUUGCACAACAGGUUGUUCCGCCGUCUAUGCUUGUAGCCAUGUGAUUUAAUUGAACCAAUCACAGUAGGCUAAGGUUUGGCAAUGAUGCAGUCACAGUUUCGCAUUUGAAAGAUACAUGUCAGGAAAUAGGACUUUAUAAAGACAGGCUUGUACAAAUACUUUUUUUUUUAGACAGACAUACUGAACUAGAACUAGACACUGUAUGUAGUUGUCUGGUAGUAGGUAUUCAAUUCAACAUCACUUAGGAAUCGUUUUCAACAUGACAAUCCAACAGUCCAAAGUACAGUAGACACAGCACAGACACGGACACUGGAUCAUACGAUCAUUUCCCACACACUCAGGAAACAGUGUUCCAGGAGGGAUCUUGUGUUGUUGUGGUUGUUAAGUCAGCGGCCAUGUCCUCCUCCACCCUGCGAGUCUUGGAGGAGCAGUUCCAGUGCUCCAUCUGUCUGGAGGUCUUCACCGACCCUGUGUCCACCUCCUGCGGUCACAACUUCUGCCAGGCCUGCAUCAGUGGCUACUGGGACAGCACUGUUAUAUUCGUCUGUCCCCUCUGCAAAGAGAGGUUCUCAGGACGGCCCAAGCUGCAUGUCAACACAGCCUUCAGAGAUGUCGUGGAUCAGUUCAAGAAGAUGAACGUCGCAGGAGGUACUGAGAACACUACAGAGCGAAGGACACAGCGACAGAUCCAGAAGAGGCUCGACAUGGUCCAGAAAAUCAAGCGCUCAGUUGAGCUCAGCAAGAAAGACUACAGUAAGGAUAUUGAGGACUGCAUCAAUUUCUACGACUCACUGGUCCAGCCCAUUCAAAGUAGCCAGGCCAUGCUCGUCGAGGAGAUUGAGGAGAAACAAAAAGAGGUGGAGAAGAGGGCAGAAGUUCUGAUCAAAGAGCUGGAACAGGAAGUUGCAGCGCUCCAGGGAGGAAACACCCAGGUAGCCAGUAAGAACUGGUCUGAGGUCAGUGUUCACAGUGACCCCGGAGUGCUGCUGGUGAGGGGAACUGUAGCUGGACUGGGGAAGAAACUGGAGCUCUACAUCGACAAGUCAAAGAAAAUAUUCUAUAGAAGAGAGUUGAAGAGGAUCCAGAAGUAUGCAGUGGACGUGACUCUGAACCCUGACACGGCACACCCCAGCCUCGUCCUGUCCGCCGACGGGAAGCAAGUGAGACUCGUCGAAAAACAAGCUGACGUCCCGGACAACCCGGAGAGGUUCGACUCGGGCGUGGCCGUCCUGGGGAAGGAGGGCUUCUCCUCCGGGGGCUUCUACUACGAGGUGCAGGUGGGCGACAAGCUGAGGUGGGACAUAGGGGUGGCGUGUGGGUCCGUCGACAGGAAGGGACAAAUCGAGGUGAAGCUCCAGAACGGCUAUGUGGCUCUCUUCAGGAACGGAGAGGAGUACAUAGCCCAGGACAGUCCGUUUGUCCGAUUCUCUCUCAGUAACAAGCCCCAGAAGGUGGGUGUGUUUGUGGAUUACGAGGGGGGGAAGGUCUCCUUCUACGACGUGGGAAACGAGUAUCACAUCUACACCUUCUCUGGCUGCAAAUUCAAGGACAUACUGUAUCCUUACAUCAACCCCUGUAAAACAGGAAGCGUCGCGUUGGUCAUCACUCCGGUCAAUCCAUCGGAUUGAGCGAUCUUAUUGGCUGGCUGGAUGUCUUCUGAGAUUCAGCAGUUUGUGAUUGUCUAUUGGUUGAACCUUGGCUUGGGCUAGUAGUAACUAAGCAACCAUCCAGCCUCUGCCGUGUCACUAUUGUCCAAUGGAGAGGACUUCCUGGGUUUUCUGAUGAUGUCACAUGUGUAUGUGACAUCAGGAAUAGUUUGGUGAGGUAUAUUUUACCCAAACAUUUAUGUCAUGAAAACACUUAUUUUAAUUUGGUUUUACUCUACAGUAAUAAUGACUAGAUUAUCAUAUUAAUCAUUUUAUCUGAUUUUAAAAAAAGAAUCAGAAUUUCAAUACAGUGAAACUGUUCAUUUUUAACAGCUCAGGGUGUCAGGCUUGAAAGUUCAGCAACGAGAAAGGGAAGGUAGUUGUAGUUCUAUUACAAUCUUUGAACAAUUGAUCUUCUAUUAUUAUUAUGUCUGUAUUGUACUGCGUAAGGUGAAAUGGUAAAUAAAGCAAAC